GGAUGACAGAGAGCGACUGGCCAGGACAGAGGCAGCCUCCUCGCUCCUUUCCCUCUCUUGAGCCUGGUUUCCUCUGUCCCGCCCAGCAGCCCAGGGGUUAAGACGGUGAGGGAUCAGCGCAGGGCUGGCUACUUCCUUCGGAGCUUUGGAAAGAGCCCUCUCCUUGUGACUGAUUUUGGAGAGAGCAGCCGAGAGCAGGCCAGGCGCCGUGGGCCAGGAGAACGCCCCAGCCUGCUCCAACUAGGAACUCGGCUGUGAAUGGAGCCCAGCCUGGGGAUGGGGGAGUCAAGGGCCAAGGGAAGUUGUCUGCAAGAUUGGGAAGCCUCAGUGACCUUCGCCCAUCUCUCAGCUGUUUGAUGAUUAACUAAUGAACCAGGAUCAGUAAAACCCCAGAGCCCACAUAUAAGAGGCCUGCAGGUCCUUGCCUUCUCUUUCUCACAGAUUCACUCUCUUGCCACCCUCAACCAUGGCCAAAGGCUUCUUCAUCAGCAGGACGCUGGGCAUAGUUGGGAUCGUUCUUGCGGUUGCCGCUGUGGCCACCAUCAUUGCUCUGGCGGUUGUCUAUGCAGAGGAGAAGCAGAAGUCAAGCAAUGAUGUGUCUGACCCAACCCCAUCUAGCUCCAUCUCUACCGCCACUACCACCACCAGAGCUACCGCUGCUACCACCACCAGUGCUGCCACCCCCAGUGUUCCUGGCACUACGGCCAACCCAAACGACCCUUGGAAUCAAAUGCGGCUACCCAAGACCCUUGAGCCCGUGCACUAUGAUGUCACCCUGCAACCCUUCCUGACCCAGGAUGCUCAAGGACUCUAUGUCUUCACGGGCAACAGCACAGUGCAAUUUGUGUGCGUGGAGCCCACCGACCUCAUCCUCAUCCACAGCAAGAAGCUCAGCUACACCGAGCAAGCGGGGAACCUCGUCUCUCUGCGUGGGGUAAACGGGUCCACAGCACCAGCCAUCUCUCGGACCUGGCUGCAGGAGAACACUGAAUACCUGGUGGUGCAGCUUAGCGGAAGCCUCCAGCAGAAUGCGUCCUAUGAGCUGCUGAGCAGCUUCCGUGGUGAGCUGGCGGAUGACCUGGCUGGCUUCUAUCGCAGUGAAUACAUGGAGGAUGGGGUUCGCAAGGUGGUGGCCACAACGCAGAUGCAGGCGGCUGAUGCCCGGAAGGCCUUUCCUUGCUUUGAUGAGCCGGCCAUGAAGGCCACCUUCACCAUCGUGUUGAUCCACCCAUCUGACCAUGUGGCUCUCUCGAACAUGCCUGUGCAGAGCACCACACAGAUGCAGCUGGACGGACAGCCUUGGAACCGGACAGUAUUUCAUCCCACACUCAAGAUGUCAACCUACUUGCUUGCUUUCAUCGUCAGCCAGUUUGACUAUGUGCAGAGAGAACAGAAUAACACCUUGAUGCGAAUUUGGGGCCGCCCCAAAGCCAUUGCAGAGGGCCAGGGAGACUACGGCAUCAGUGUCACUGGACCCAUCCUGGCUUUCUUUGAGAAGCAUUACGCCACACCUUACCCACUGAGCAAACUAGACCAGGUCGCCCUCCCGGACUUCAAUGCCGGCGCCAUGGAGAACUGGGGGCUGUUGACCUAUCGUGAGAACUCCUUGCUCUUUGACCCACUCUUCUCCUCCAUUGGGAACAAGGAGCGGGUGCUGACCGUCAUCGCUCACGAAGUGGCCCAUCAGUGGUUUGGGAACCUCGUGACCCUCCGUUGGUGGAAUGACCUGUGGCUGAACGAGGGCUUUGCAUCCUAUGUGGAAUAUCUUGGUGCCGAUGCGGCGGAGCCCACCUGGGAUAUUAAAGACCUGAUGGUCUCCAGCGAAAUGUACCGUGUGAUGGCCAUUGAUGCACUGGCUUCCUCGCACCCGCUGUCCUUCCCCGAAGCGGAGAUCAACACACCAGCGCAAAUCAGCGAAGUCUUUGAUGCCAUCGCCUACAGCAAGGGAGCUUCAGUCCUGCGGAUGCUCUCCGAAUUCCUCACUGAGGACUGCUUCAAAAAGGGGCUGCAGUCAUACUUUCAGGCCUUCGCAUAUGGAAACACCGUCUACGAUGACCUCUGGCAUCACCUCCAGUGGGCAGUAGAUGAAGACAGGUUUGAACUCCCUGGCACAGUCAAAGAAAUCAUGGACCGGUGGACCUUGCAGAUGGGCUUCCCAGUGGUGACUGUGGACACUGCUACUGGGAGCCUCACUCAGAAGCAUUUCUUGCUGGACCAAACAUCUGUUGUUAACCGAUCCUCACAAUUCAACUACACCUGGAUCGUCCCUGUCUCCUCAAUGAAGUCAGAUAAUCCAAUACCCUUGUACUGGCUCACAAGCACAACAGCUCAGAACUCCAACUUCUCAAUUGGGGCUGAUCCUAACACGUGGCUGCUCCUCAACAUUAACGUCACAGGAUAUUUCCGGGUGAACUAUGACCAGGGGAACUGGGACAGGCUCCUGGACCAGCUGAAGACAGACCACCAGAAAAUCCCAAUUCUUAACCGUGCUCAGCUGAUUGAUGACUCCUUCAACCUGGCCAGGGCAAAUUACACCAGCACGGAGCUGGCCCUGAACACCACCCUCUACCUGGGGAAUGAGAGAGACUACCUGCCCUGGAGUGCAGCACUCAGCAACCUGGGCUACUUCCAGCUCAUGUUCGACCGCAGCCAGGUGUAUGGGCCCAUGCAGAAAUACAUCCAGAAGCAGGUCACUCCUCUGUUCAAUUAUUAUAAGAACCUCACCGCUAACUGGACCAAAAUCCCAGAUGGCCUGAUGGACCAGUACAACGAGAUCUCUGCCAUCAACACAGCCUGCUCCUUUGGCAUCUCCGAGUGCCAGAACUUGGCCAGUGACUUGUUCAACACUUGGAUGAAUGACCCCAGCAAUAACCCGAUCGCACCCAACCUGCGCUCUGCCAUCUACUGCAGUGCCAUUUCUACAGGUGGGGAGGAGGCCUGGGACUUUGGCUGGCAGAUGUUCCUGAAUGCCACCGUGGUGUCUGAAGCUGACAAGCUCCGUUCUGCUUUGGCCUGCAGCCAGGAGCCCUGGAUCCUCCAGAGGUACCUUGAGUUCUCGCUGGACCCCACGAAGAUCCGCCGUCAGGAUGCCACGUCCACCAUCAUCAGCAUCUCCCGCAACGUGGUUGGGCAGGGCCUUGUGUGGGACUUUGUCCGCGCCAACUGGAAGACGCUCUUUGACCAGUACGGCGGAGGCUCCUUCUCCUUCUCCAACCUGAUCCAGGCGGUGACGCAGAGAUUCGCUUCCGACUUUGAGCUCCGGCAGCUGGAGCAGUUCAAGGCAGACAACGCGGAUGUGGGCUUUGGCUCAGGGACACGAGCGCUGGAGCAGGCCCUGGAGAAGACGAAGGCCAACAUCCAGUGGGUGGCUGCGAACAAGGAGCCUGCCCUGAAGUGGUUCCAGAGCCAGCUGUGAAGGUCUGGGGGAUCAGGCUGAGGUUGUCCGCAAGCAGUUUUGCUGUCUGUCUUUCCACGUUGCUCUGGAGUACCCCUUUACUGCCAAAGCUGUCUCUUCUCCCCCAUCCUUCUGUGAACCUCGUCCUGCUCCUUCCUGGCCACUGAAGAGGCCUGGCCGCGUCCACCACCCCAGAUUCCUUUCUGCCCUGGGGCAAACGGGCCACCCUUGCUUCUUCGCACUGCCCAGAAGCCUCUUCUCUUGCACUGCCUGUUUCCACAUUUGCCUCAGGGGUCCUGGGAGGGGGGAGGGAGGGGAAAGAGAGAGGGGUCCCCCUCUCGACCAUGGUGAUGUUCCCCCACCCAGAAAGCUCUGUAUAUUUUUAUACCCCUAACUUUAUAAAUUUUUAAACCCUAACUUUAUAAAUUAAAAAGUAGUAUCCUGAAUUAUA